GAAAUGGCGCCUUGAGAAGUAAUUUACGCAGCUCAGACUCUGAAGAUGAAUGUCUCACCCACGUGGUACGGAUAGAAAAGGCCAUUUUUAGUUUUUUCCCUUUUUUUUCCUUCUUGUUUCGGGAAAUGCUGUCAGAAAAAAAAAAGAGAGAGAAGAGCAAACUAGACAUAAGAGAAAAGCGUGUUCAAUUUUCACAGCCACAAUAUGUUAGUAUUAGUAGGAAGAGAUAUUAGAAAAAAACUACUGCUUCACCUGUUGCUUCAUUUACACGUGAGACAUUGAAGAACUUGAAAGGCUAUUGGAAAAUUGCAUUACUUUUGUUUGUCCAUUUAUGCGUUUUCAUUUUAUAAAGGAAAUGAAAUACUUGGCUCGUUUUUUUUCUCUACUUAACUCGAACUUUAGGAAUUAGUUCGUUCAGUUCAGAAUGACUAUUCGAACGCUGAAUUUUCAAAGUUGUGGUGCAAUAGAGGAUUGUGUAAAAAGAAAUGGAUAAUAAUAAUCUGAUUUGAACGUGACAAAUGAAAAUAAAUAUGGAUGGAAAAAAUUUCAGUGGUCGGAAAUAUGAGCUUCCCGGAAUGCGGUAUAUCUUCACAGCCGUAAGCUUCCUGGGAUUCGUAGUAAAUUAUUCCAUAAGAGUGAAUCUCAACGUAGCUAUUGUGGCUAUGGUAAACAACACUGCUGUUUAUCACCAUAGUGGUGUAAAUCACACCGUGGAACAUGAAUGUAGCAUAGAGAGGGAGGCACUGAACCAGACAACGCCGGUCAAUGAAUUCCGAAGAGAAGGAGAAUUCAAUUGGUCACCCCAAACUCAAGGUAUCAUUCUUGGUGCUUUUUAUUACGGUUACUGCAUUUUUCAAAUUCCUGGCGGUCGAUUAGCUGAAGCUCUAAGCGGCAAAUGGGUAUUUGGAAUUGGUAAUCUGGUUCCCGCUCUGCUGACUUUGCUUACACCAAUGGCUGCACGUUAUGGUGUCGGAGCAUUGAUUGCUAUCAGAGCUUUGGAAGGGCUGUUUCAGGGCGUGUCCUGCCCUGCAAUGCACACAAUGAUAGGACGAUGGUUACCAGAUUCUGAAAAAAGUUUCUUGACAAGUUUAAUCUAUUGUGGAAUUGCAACUGGCACAGUUGCGGGCAUGAAUAUUGCAGGCCUCUUCUGCAAUUCAGAUCUAUUCGGAGGAUGGCCUGCUGCAUUCUACAUUAUAGGUAUUUUUGGCUGUGUUUGGUUUGUACUUUGGUGUAUAUUCAUUUCCGAUUCUCCAACAUCACAUCCAUGCAUUACUGAGGAAGAACUAGAUUACAUAACAUCGAAUCAGAAAAUAGAAAAACGCAAAAUUCCUUCGACUCCGUGGCUCAAAAUAUUGACUUCUGUCCCAGUUUGGGCUAUAGUUGUGGUGCAAGUAGGUGUUGACUGGUGCUUCUACACUCUGCUGAGUGAUUUGCCAACAUUUUUUGCGACAGUUUUAGGAUUUGAAAUUGAAAAGAAUGCAUUUUUGUCUUCGUUUCCUCACGUUCUCUAUGCUAUUAUGGCCCUCUCAACUGGAUACACUGCUGAUGCCUUAAUACGAAGAGAGAUUGCUACGGUCAAUUUCAUUCGAAAAUUCUGCACUUCACUUGCUUGUCUGGUGCCAGCAGCAGGAUUGAUAGGUGUUUGCCUUGCCAGAUGUGACGUAACCAUGUGUGUGAUCGCCUUGAUGAUAUCGGUUGGUGCUAUUGGAUGUUGUUACAGUGGAUAUAUGCUGUCACACAUAGAUUUAUCUCCAGAAUAUGCUGGAACAUUGAUGGGUAUAGCAAAUAUGUCAUCCGCACUUACAGGAUUCUUAGCUCCGUUAACAGUAGGCAUUCUCACAGAAGAGGAUCAAAGUCUACGCCAGUGGCACACAGCAUUUGGCAUAACUAUCAUCAUCCUUAUCAUAUCUAAUUUAGUAUUCGUUUUCUUCUCGUCUGCACAAAAACAAGACUGGCUUUCUACAGACCCGAAGAACAACGCAGAGGACAUGACAUAUUCUUCACUCAAACAAGACAACUUUUUAAACGAUUUCAACUCGAAAGAUCUUCAAGUGCUAUGAAGCGUGACAUAAGGUGUUCAUCAAUUCAUUUCAAGAUUAGAAAAUGGUGCUAUUUAGUAUAUCGAUGUUUCUCUAUUUUGAUUUUUAGAUGAUGUGUAAAUUAUUCAUCCGUGUAAUUUGGUGUGCAUGGAGCUGCAUUUAGUAACUUUUUUUUAAUAGCACAGUUUUAUUAUUUUGUGUCUUGGAACCAGGGCUUGAAAAAUAUAAGACCCAACAUGUCAUGGGUAUGUUUUAUUUCACGCAUGUAAAUAUUUAAUCACAUACCUAAAAUACAGAUUAAACACCCUUUCAAAUUUUGAAUGGAUAUUCAAAUAUUGACCAAGAUAUGGAUCAACGUUCUACCGAGAACGUUAAUCGAAAUGUCGACUCCCAAGAAGUUGACAUCACUGAAGGUUGCGUCAUUUUUUUAAAAUUGUAAUAGCUGCAAGUUCUUCCGGAUUUUAUAUUCAAAGUUAUAGUAAAAACUUUGCCCUUCUAUUUUGUUCAUUUGUUUAUAAGUUUAAAUAGGAAUGAUAAUAUCUACAGCUACUGAUGUAUUAAUGAAACAUACAAAAACACGCUAAUCUAAUCACAUGCUGGUGGGAUAACGCUCCUGCAAUGUAUAAAAAUAUGAUUGUGUAUAGUUGUAUUUUUAAUUUCAUUCUAUUCCCAUUUCGUACAAUCAUUUUCCUAAGAGCAUAAGUUGGCAGUACAAGGCUCAAACUAUUCUUAUAAAAUUUAAGAGUGGCAUCGUUAUAUUAUUAACCCUUUGCACUCGAAGUACUUUCAGCUGUUAAAAAAAUGGACGCAACCACUAACAUUUUGAAAGAUUUUUUUACAAACUUACCUUAUAAAACCCGUAGAUCACUGAAUGAAGUGGUAACUAAACAUUAAGGUGAAAAAAAAUUUCACAUUUAGAGUGGUAACUGACAUGUCACCUUUCGAGUGCAAAGGAUUAAAAAAGUUCCAAAUUUUUUUUUAUAAGCUUAAAAUUUAGUAUUAAAAAAGCAAAAACUGUGAUUUUAUUACUAGAUAUGUUUAUCUGAAAAAAUUAAGAGUUGUGGUGGGCGCGAAUUAAUAAGAAUAAAUUUUAUUUUCUAACUUGCUACCACUUUUGAUAUUUUUUAAGGUCACAACGAGCCCUACAGGUGUACUACUAACACGUAGUUUAAAUGAAGAUUCAACUCUAAUCUGAUAUAACAGAAUAAUAUUGAUAAAUUCAUAAUAUAACUUUGCAAUCUUAGUAAACAUUUCGAAAGAAGAGUUGAGUGGAUGAACCAGGUAAGUGACUUCUUCCGAGUGGCUAAAAUCACGGUAAGAAGAAAACAAGUAGUGCCCGAACUAUUUUGUUAAAGAUUUUGUGUGCUUAUAAUUCGUUGCUUUAUUUUAUUUACCACUACUUAAUUUAAAAUAAAAAUUAUAAAACAAUAAGCGAAACUUACGGAGUUUAGUUAUAUCAAAUUUUCAAUGAAAUAAAAUUCAACUAUGUUACCCUAUAAGCACACUUUACGAAAAUUCCAACUUGCUCAGAGUGGUAGUCUCUUACACGAUAUUUCUUGAAUUAGUAAAUUCGUUUUUUAGGUUUUUCAUUCUUAUAAUAAUUCAAAGGUUUAAGUGAUACACCACUCAAAAAAUUAAUAAAAUUAAAUGAAAAUAUCCAAAUUUUCGAUGGUAGUUUUCUACCGUUUUUUUUAUAAAUAUUUUGUUGAAAACUGAGAGCAGAUUUUAUAUAUUAUCUUCCCUGAUUAAUAAAUACCUUUAAAAAUGCUACUUACCUUUUUACAUAACCGCUAUGCACUUUCAAUUUCAUUCAAUAGAAGAUGACAUCAAGAAGUAUGACGAACAUAUUAAAAAUGCCAACAAAUAUUUGGACUGAAUAUAUUGUAAAGAAGUCAGUAAUAUACUUGAAGUGGAUAUUACUGAAUAUUACAUAGUAUUAGUAAAUGGUUAGAAAGAAAUACAAUUUUUUAUGUGUGUGAUUGAUGUAUGCAGCUUUCCAAUGACUUAUUGUAAAAUUCUGGCGUACUUUUAUUGUAGUAGUAUAUGAUUGGAUUGAUUUUGGUUCGGAUAAUCAGUGCUCUACUGUAUUAGAGAAUAUAUUUUAUGUCUUUAGCCAUUUGCCGACGUAGUUCUGGCUACAUUAAGUCACCAAAUGCAGGCGUACCCACGACUACUUUUUUUGCAAAAUAUUUUAUAGAUUGGAAGACAUUUAAAAAUCAAAGUUUUCAGAAUUUUUGGUUAUUUUGCCAGCAUUUUAAAAAAACUCACCACAAAAGAGCCAGACUUGACUUGAUAUGGUUAUUGGUGAUGUAUCUGCCAGCUUCAGCUGGCACUACAUUUUUAAAUCUGCAAUUUGCCCUAGGGCAACUGGGACUAAAUAGCAAAGAUAUUUGGAAGUAAAAGAUAUAAAAUAGGAUAAAAUGUAUAGAAAACUUAAGUAUCAAAGAAUGAAUAUUGAAUUAAAUUGAUUAAAUUCAAUAUUAUAUAUAAUUGUUAAUUAAAAUUAGCUGUUCCUGUAAUGGUUAAGAAUUGGAAACCAGAUAUUAAGGUAAAUCUGAUAGAGUGUAAUAUCUAUUUCUUUCUUUAUCUAAUUUUUUUUUAAAGUGUCACAAUAAUAUUCUUUUUAACUAGCUAUGUUAAGAAGAAAGGAAAAGAAUCAAUGGUUUAUCUUUAAAAUCAACAUGUUACAAAUUUGAUCGUUAUGUUCGAUAAUUAAAAGCAUUAUUUUAGUUUAGCAAUAAAUGAUUACCCACUACACUUUAAAAGCUUUAGGAAUUAAAGUGAAGAUAUUUUAACCAACAAUAUUGUGAAAAUCUUAUGUCAAAGACUUAGUCUCAUGUAAUCUUAUAACUUAUGAUUUAGUUUAAUACUUAACUCUUAUGCUAAACAGUUAUGUCAAGAAAGUUAUGACAAAGCUUUUUCUUCGUGAUGAAACUGUUUUGUAGUUAUUAAAUAUUUUCUAGAAUGGUGUUAUCAUUUACCUAGAAGAAAAUAAUGCCCGGAAUUAUAAUUAUGAUUUUUUAGACAAAAUUUUAUAUUAAAAUAUCAGGUGGUUAGGAAUAUGCUCUAUUCCUUAUAACAAGUUAAGAUAUUGCUUAACCUCUGUUUGUUUUACUUCCUGUUACUGCACCGUGAUCUCUGUAUAAAUAGGAAACCAGAAAUAAAAUAUUUCAAAACAUUAUUUUUAAUAACAGCGUUGUUUGCACCCUGUAAAAAAAAAGAAAACUGGGAUCAAAACCAUUUCAUUUCUAGAUAACUUAAACUUAAGGCUUUAUUGCUACAAUAAUUACCUUUCUCCAGAUAAUUCUUUUGUGUUUGUUGAAACAAGUAUUGGUAGUAAAGGGCAUUUAA